CUUGAAUUCUUUGCAUGAUCAGCAUAUAGCAGCUGCAGUUCGCAGCCUGGCCCUAUAACUUCAUUAGCCCUUCGUUAGAGGGUCUAAGUGUCCCCCUACUCAGUCCUUUGCCUUUGAGGUUCUGCAGUUCUACAAGGAGCUCCGAGGUCGGUCUGUCCUGUGAUUAGGAUGGAGGCAAAGAAGGAAGAGGUGGGAGAACGGCCACCAUUCACAUUGAGAAGGUUCCACAUCUCGGACGAUUACGGCUUCUUGCUCCCGAAUCCGCUGAAAGAACUGCCACCAUUCUAUCGUCCAUGGAUGGAGAUUGGCCAUAAGCUGCCUUACCUGAUUGAAAGCCGUCAGUUGCGCUCCCGGGUGAAUGAGAUGCCUCUGCUAAGCUGCCAGUAUCUUCAGGGCCACCGCGAGCAGUAUUUGGCCCACCUGGUCCUCAGCUUCAUCACCACGGGCUACGUCUGGCAAGAAGGCGAAAAAGAGUGCGCUAAGGUCUUGCCACGAAACCUGGCCAUUCCCUUUGUAGAAGUCUCUCGGCUCCUGGGACUGCCUCCGAUCCUGGUUCACACAGACUGUGCACUAGUAAACUGGAAGAAAAAGGAUCCGCAUGGGUCUUUGGAAAUCGAAAACCUGGAGCCCAUCCUUUGUUUGCCUGGAGGAGAGAGUACCAAGGGCUUUAUUCUCAUCACCUUCCUGGUUGAGAAAGCUGCUGCUCCUGGGAUCAAGGCGAUGGUGCAAGCCAUCUCGGCUCUUGUUCAACCUGACAACCGACGCCUGGAAGAAGCCUUGGAGGAAAUGGCCAAUGCUCUGAGAGAGAUGACCCAGGUUUUGAAGAAAACUCACGAUUAUGUCGAUCCAGUCGUCUUCUAUGGUGUGCUACGCAUCUUUCUUUCUGGCUGGAAGGAUAACCCAGCUCUGCCAGAAGGCCUGGUCUACGAGGGCGUCUCUGAGAAACCUCUGGCUUACGCCGGGGGGAGUGCGGCUCAAAGCACCACCUUGCAUGCCUUUGACGAGCUUCUAGGAAUCCAGCACCGCAAGGAAAGCACUGGGUUUUUGCGCUUAAUGAGGUCAUACAUGCCGCCUCCUCACCAGGCGUUCAUCAAGGAAAUUCAGUCUGCCCCUUCGCUGAGGAAUCACGUCUUAUCGUCUGGAAGCGAGGCUCUCCGAGAGGCCUACAAUAAGUGUGUGGCCGUCCUGUGUGACUUCAGGACCUACCACAUCACCAUGGUCACCAGAUACGUCGUCAUAGCCGCCCGCAAGAUCAAGACCAACCCCGACCUGGCCCCUCUCUCCGGGACUCCCCCAUCUUUCCUCGAAGGCAGAGGAACUGGUGGGACGGGCGUUCUGAGCUUCUUGAAAAGCGUACGGGACACGACAAGAGAAGCAACGAUCCCUUUGUAAAAAUGCCCCCUUGCCCCCUUCUGAAGGCAUGACUUCUAGGGUGAAAACAAGGGAUGGCCUUUCCUAUGCGGGACCAGAAUUGGUGGGAGUGCUGGAGGCAGGCUCUGAAGCUGGUAAAGAUGUUUGUCAUAACUUUUUGUCAAACCUAAGCCACCCCCAAUCUGCUUCAUUUGCAUCCUGAUGUGUGCAUGGCCAGGAUAACCACUAAGACAAGACAACAGAGCCCCAAAAUUUGGAGCGCACCAAAAUCUAGAGGCGAAUCUCCUCAUUAGGAAAAUAAACGGCUAAAAUCUUCAGCACUGUUC